GUGAGAGGCAGUCAUUAAUCUGGAACCUGGACCCCAUUCGGAGGACAGUAGUGGUCGAGUAGGUGAAGAUAUGCACCUAAAUUGGGUUGAUAGUAGCGGUUAACAAGACAAACCAGCAUCGUGCAGGGUCAUGAUCCUGUCGAGGAGGGCGUUAGUCGGACUGGCAGUCGGAGCCACGGCGGGUCUGAGCUUGGUGGCCUUCAUUCUUUACCGCGAGUGCAGCAGGAGAAGUCGGAGACACAGGUCGACUCGGGCAGCGAAGCUGUCUGGCUGGGGUGGACGGAACACAUCAGCAUGGGACAAGACCCAGGCUCACGAAGCUGACCUCCAGCAGCAGCAGCAACAGGUCCUGUCCUCGGUGGAGGCCGUGGUCCAGGGUCUGUCACCUGAGCAGCAGCUGGAACUCCGGAACCAGCUGGACCAGGUCCGAAACUUUGUGUCCACACUGAGGCUGGAGGUGACCGAGCUGAGCCGCGGCCUUCAAAACAUCGCCGCCCAGAUAAUCCAGGACGUGAAAAAGGGUGUAGAGGAGAACCAGAGGGGGCGGCGAUGGCCUCACCUCGUCCACGGAGAGCAGGACGACUCUGCCGGCUCCAGCUCCUCCAACUUCACUGCCACUCAAACAGUCGAUAAAGGGUACUCCACCGGUUACACUGAGUCGGAAUACACAGAUAAAGAGACAGACAGAGAGGAGGGGGAGACAGACACGGAUGUCCAGAUGGAGCAGAGGCAGGUGAAGGCCGCGAGAGAGACCAAACCAGCAGAUAGAAAGUGGGGCUUGGAGAGAGAAUUGAAGAUGAUCCCGGAAGAGAUAGGGAUGCAGAGUUCCGCCUCUCUCCAGCAGCUGCAGCAGUCACAGAAGAACAAGGCAAGUCCAGCGAGGGAGCUGAAGAUGCUGGUAGAGGACCCCAGCACUGACCUGGGCCUCCUGCUGGCUCACAGUCGAGCUGCGCGACUCUGGGACAAGAAUUCAACCUGAGCUGGACACCCGUACUAAUUUGGCCUUGGAGGUGUCUCUCCCUCUGACUUCAGGCGGGGAAGUCCUGCUGAGAUUAGCGAAGUUUCUGGACCGUUUUCAACACCUGACGAUUACUACAACAUGUGUCCUCAAUUUAGUAGUGAUGCGCUUAUGAGGCUUCAUGAAACACCUCAUUUUCAGAGCUCAGUAGGGGGCACUCUGGGUUUAAAAAUGAUGUGAAGCUGUUCAAAUCCAAAGAUUUUUGAGCAGAUAGCGCCAUCUAGUGGGCUCUGGAAAUGGUGUUUCAUGAAGCCUCAUAGUAUGGCACAGGCGACGCGAGCGCUGAGAGAUCUAACCUUUUCCGCUAGGAUCUACUUACUGCAUGAGUCUUGGUGAUCAAGUUGUUGGAUCAGAGGAGGUCCCAGUCACGCAAUACAUUUUUCUUAGAAUCUAACUUUAUGUAGCACUAAAUCAUUAACAACUUUUAAUAUCCAGAUCCACCUGAUCAAAAAAUCCACUCUGUAGUUUACAGGGAACCAUAAACUUAUAACCCUUUGAUUUCUGAUGCCUUUCAAAGCCACAAAUAAAACACAGCUGCGAUUGUGAGUUUCUCAGUCAACUUGGUGAGGUGUGCAGAGACGUCUGUGACAAUAAACCAGAUGAAAAAAAAAUCUAAACAGACUUAAUCGUUCGCAGUUUAAUUUACAGUUUGAGUGGAGAAAGGAAAAGAGGCUACAGAAAAAAGCCGUCAACACCGUCACCGUCAACAGAAAUGUUAACUGAAAUUAUUUUCAAGCGUAAAAAAAAAACACUCAAAAAUAAAAUAUAUGCAACAAGAUAACUUUUGCGAUGACUUUUCUCAUGUACUGGAGUUGUCAGGGAGGUGGCCGUCAGUUUAAAACAUUCAAUCCUUGACAUCUCCCACUCCGUCAGCAUUGAUGGCAAACAUGGCUUCUGCCUCUGGCAGACAGGGGGAGUCGUAGAUUUUGCAGAUCCUGUUUUCUCCCCGACCUUUCCUCAGAUAUAAACUGCAGAUGGCGACAGAGUAUUAGUUAGAGGUUCUUCACUGGAGAGGGAGGACACCAGGUGAUCAUACCGUGUAGUGGAGGCGUGAGCGAGUAUGUUGCCACCGAUCGGCUUCUUGGGAUCUGCGGAGAACAUGGCCGCCCCGUCUACUUGGGCUACCACCUGGUUUGUGAUCACCACGGCGACACCAAACUGGAGAAAGAAGCAGGAUGUGCUCAGAACAGCUGAGAGGUGAUGAGAUUCUGCAGCUCACUCACCGCAUCUGCCAGUCUGAGCAGCAGCCGCAGAAACCUGCCUAAAUGUCCCUGUCUGGCUGACAGCUCCCCCCGGCCCGAGUAGUCCGUCCUGUACAGAGCUGUGGCGCUGUCCACGAUCAGCAGCGCAUACCUGUCUCACACACACACAUACACACACGGUCUAUAAACUCCCAAAGCUAUAGAAGAAACCACCUGACUUACCUGGACUCGGCCAUCAUGGCUGAAGCUUGAUACAACAGCUGGGUCUGAUGGUCGGUGUUGAAGGCUCGAGCGUAAGCGACAUUGUCCAACACGUCCCUGCCGACCAGCCCGUAUCUAGUUGCAGAUAGAGAAGGGUAAAAAUGCGAUUCAUGAAGUUUCAUGAAAACAGGAAACGACACUGUUCUUUCGACAUGUGUCGGACUAUGAAAGGGUUAGGUCAUGAUCUGAUGCUUUUGCCACCUGCCGUCGGACUGAACUCAUUGUGAUGAAUUCUAUUUCAAAUGCUAAAAAAGUAUUGGAAUCAACAGCAAAAUAUCCCAUAAUAUGUGAGUAACAGAUUCCUCUUGGGCUGUGGACUUACCUCUCGGCAACAGCCAGCAAUCUCUCUGGUCUGAACGUUCCCUCUGUGUCAAUGUACAUGGCUUUACCUUCUCCUCCUCCCUGAUCGAUGGGCAGCUGUGGAGCAGACUCCCACUUAGCAAAACACUUGCUUUGUUCCUAGCUAUACUUAUGCAUUAAAACAUCCACAUUUUGUAUAGUCUGCGAGACAUUUCCUGCUUCGAAUCCUGUCCUGUAUUGAUCAUGCAUUCAUCAUAGAACUCAGGAAUAACUUAUUUCUAUUCCCAAUAUAAUCACAAUAUUAUUAUGUGCAGUAGUUCUUUUAGUGCAAUAACCAUAUUGACUUAUUGAUCAUAUUACUAUUAGUAUGUUUUCAUUGUAUUCUUUUAUUCAGUGUGUUUUUCUGAGUAACAUUAUAUUCUCCUUAUUUCUCUAUUCCUCUUUUAUCUUCAGUGGGAGUUUUUCUAACAAAACGCAUUUUCCCUCCAGAUUAUUCACUGCAACAUUUCAAUAGAGUCUGCAUUUAGUGGUGUUUUUUUCUUCUUCCUGUAGCAUUUUUUUUACUAUUCCGACACUUGAGCGACUUGUAGUAAUUCAAUUAGAUAUGAAUUAUAGAUUCAAAAUAGAUGACAAUAUUACCUGGCAUGUGACUGCGAGAGUGUGGCACAGCUGCGUCUUCCCCGUCCUGAACUCUCCAAACAUUUCGGUAAUGGACCCAGUCUCAAUCCCGCCUACACAGCACAAGACAUUCAAGCUCAUCCUUUUCUCAUCCAUAAGUCCUUUCACAACAAAGCAAGGAGACCCUACACACCCUGCAAGAGCUUAUCAAGCUCUUUUGAGCCUGUUGAGAUCUGGAUGAUUUCCGCCCUUCUCUGGUGAAACUCUGUCGCGGUGGUAAAGCCCAUGGGCACCAACUUCACGGCUUCAGUCUGAUACAAAUGUUAGCAUUAAUAUGGUUCACUCGCCACUUUUCACACCAAACUUCUCACCCGAAUUUUAGCAGCUUUGGCCUCGCUGAUUCCCUUGAUGUUAAGCAGCUCCUUCGUAGGUGUGUAGGCCACCGUCUCAAUGGUGUGGAACCCUGCAUCCUGCAGUUUCUUGAUAUCACUGCUACUGACUCCACAUUGCUGCAUAAUAAUAAGAGCAUUGGCUUAAUCCAGACACCAUCUUCAGUAGGUUAGCCGUAUUCAUGGAAGGAUAUUUAAUGGUACUUGUCGUAAAUAUUGGACGCCAUGCCGAGUGAACAAUAGGUGGCGCCUGUAUUGUUUGAUGACUGUGUGCUGUAUGUGAAUAAUAAAAAAAGACAGA